AUGGCAAAAUUUGAAAUGAGAGAUUUGGGUCUUCUCUCUUACUACUUAGGGAUUGAAGUGGAACAACAGAAGGGUCGAAUCUUGCUCAAACAACCAACUUAUGCCAAAAGAAUCUUGUCCCAGUUCGAAAUGACUGACUGCAAUGCCACGAAGUACCCGAUGGAACCCAAGGCACAAUUUCACAAAGACAUGGAAGAAGCACCAAUUGAUGCUACGGAGUACAGAAGCAUUGUUGGUUGUCUUAGAUACUUGCUGAACACAAGACCGGAUCUCUCAUAUGCUGUUGGGAUGGCGAGUAGGUAUAUGGAAAGGCCUACAGCCAUGCAUCACAAGGUGGUCAAGCAAAUACUUAGUGAUUUAGCCGGUGAUCUCGACGGGAGGAAAAGCACAAGUGGAAUGGCGUUCUACUUAAAUGAAAGCUUGGUUUCAUGGAAUUCGCAAAAGAAAAAGACGGUGGCACUCUCAUCUUGCGAUGCCGAGUUCAUGGCAGCCACUACCGCGGCUUGCCAAGCGUUGUGGUUAAGAAGCCUUGUUAGCGAGUUAACCGGAAUGGAGCCAAGAUCGAAGGGGAAAAUUGUCAUUGAAUUUGUCAACACCGGGGAACAACGAGCCGAUGCACUGACCAAAGCAUUGACAGAAGUGAAGUUAGCUGCCAUGUCUCAACUACUUGGUGUGCGUGAUUUAGAAUCAUGUCAGGAUUAG